GUCCUCAAAACCCACUUUCCCCAUUUCUCGAGCGUCUGCGUCUUUCUUUUCCUCUCUCCGCUAUAGCAACUCUAUCGCUGUCGAUUUCUUCCUCCGCCUUCCUUAGAUAAUUUUGCAAACAUGUCUUGCUACAAGGGCAAAUACACCGAUGAGCUUAUUGCUACUGCCAACUACAUUGGCACCCCUGGGAAGGGUAUCCUUGCCGCUGAUGAGUCAACUGGCACAAUUGGCAAACGUCUAUCCAGUAUCAACGUGGAAAAUGUAGAGUCUAACAGGAGGGCUCUUCGUGAGCUUCUGUUCACAACUCCUGGUGCCCUUGAAUGUCUCAGUGGAGUUAUUCUCUUUGAGGAAACACUCUACCAGAAGAGUGCUGCUGGCAAGCUUUUUGUGGAUGUGUUGAAGGAGGGUGGAGUCAUCCCUGGAAUUAAGGUUGACAAGGGUACUGUUGAGCUCCCUGGCACUAAUGGUGAGACCACCACUCAGGGUCUUGAUGGUCUUGCUCAGCGUUGCCAGCAAUACUAUGCAGCUGGUGCUAGAUUUGCCAAAUGGCGCGCUGUGCUCAAGAUUGGCCCCAAUGAACCAUCUCAGCUCGCCAUCAAUGAAAAUGCCAAUGGCUUGGCCCGUUAUGCUAUCAUCUGCCAGCAGAAUGGCCUGGUGCCUAUUGUUGAGCCAGAGAUCCUUGUGGAUGGAUGUCAUGACAUUGAAAAGUGCGCUGAUGUCACUGAGCGUGUGCUCGCUGCAGUUUACAAGGCAUUGAAUGAUCACCACGUUCUUCUUGAGGGAACCCUUUUGAAGCCCAAUAUGGUGACUCCUGGAUCUGAAGCCCCUAAGGUUGCGCCAGAGGUGAUUGCUGAAUACACUGUCAGGGCAUUGCAGCGCACCAUGCCAGCUGCUGUUCCUGCUGUGGUGUUCCUGUCCGGUGGCCAGAGUGAGGAGGAAGCUACUCGGAACCUGAAUGCCAUGAACAGACUGAAGACGAAGAAGCCAUGGUCCCUUACCUUCUCAUUUGGACGUGCUUUGCAGCAGAGCACCCUCAAGGCUUGGGCUGGAAAGGAGGAAAAUAUUCCCAAGGCUCAGGCUGCAUUCCUUUCAAGGUGCAAAGGCAACUCUGAUGCUACCCUGGGGAAGUACGAGGGUGGUGCCUCAUUGGGUGAGGGUGCUUCUGAGAGCCUCCAUGUGAAGGACUACAAGUAUUAGUUCAGUUUUUGUGUCUCUUGUUUUCUGCUUUGUUUUGGAGAGUACAUUGCAGGCUAGGGGUUCUAAGUUUCUCUUUGUCAUUUUUCAAUCUAAUCUUAUAUUAGCAGACUGGCUUAUAAUAAGCUCGAGGAACGAUCGACACAGAGUGGAGGUCGUUUGCCUUUUGUAAUGGUUUUUCCUUGUUUUAAAGAUUGGCUUCGUGAAUUCAGUUGAGCACCUGUUUUCUUUUUCA